AUGCACGUCGCGACCACGGUCUCCGCGCCGCCCUCGCGCGCCGCCCCGCCCCCCUCGCGCGUCCACGCGCCCGCGCGCGCCCGCGUCGCCGCGUCGUCGCGCGUCGCGUCGCGGCGUCCCGCGUCAAUUCCGGGACCGUCGCGAGGAGUUAUCCUCGUCCGCGCGUCGUCGUCGUCGUCCGACGCCGACGACGUCGUCGACGCGGACGACCUCGGCGUGGACGUCGACGCGAUAAAGUCGAUGCUCGAGUCGAACCCGACGGUGAGAGCGCAGGAGGCGCUCAUCGCGGGCGAGGCGCGCAACGCGGCGUCGCUGCGCGUGGACGCGGACCUGGCGGAGGCGAGGGAGAAGCUCGCGAUGGAGUACGGCGGACGCGCGCAGAGCAGCGCGGAGAACCUGCAGACGACGCAGGAGAAGGCGCUCGCGGAGCUCGAGGCGAAGAGCGAGGCCGUGCUCAGGGCGGAGGCGAAGAUGAACGCGAUCGCCGCGGAGCGCGAGGCGCUCGCGCGAGAGAUGGACGCGGCGCGAGGAGGAGGAGGAGAGAAUAAUGAGAUGAACGCGUCGUCGUCGUCGUCGGGCAAGUGGGGAAGCACCGUGGCGUCGGACGUGGACGAGGACGCGGAGAGGGUCGAGAGCGGCAAAGCCGGCGCGCUCGCGGCGCUGUCCGGGACGCUCCUCUCGUCGCCGCUGCUCCUGUCGCAGUCCCCGAGCGCCGGGUUCGGCGACCCCGUCGCGCUUCAAUCCGUCGCCGGCGUCUUAGGCGCGUUCUAUACACUGGUCCCCAUACGACCGCGUCGCCGUGGUGAACGCCGAUCCUUAAGGACUUUUGCCGUCCUCUCUCUCCGCCCACACCACGUCUCCUGCCUCGUCUUCGGCGUGACGUAUCGCUACGCCGUGCGCGACGACUUCGGGAACGACCAGCUCAAGGGCGGCGUCGUCGGCGCGUUCGGAUUGACGCGCGGGCUCGGCGCCGCGGACGUGUUUCUGCACGGCUCGGACGCGAGCGCGCUCGAGACGUGGGCGCAGGCGGCGUUGCUCGUCGGGGAGGGCGUGUUGGUGUUCGCGUUCGCCGCCGUCGCGCUCGAGGCGGGCUUCAAGAGCGGCGCGCUGCGCGCGUUCCCGAUGAAAAAGAAGAACGCGCGAUGA